GAGAGAGAGAGAGAAACAGAGAAAGAGAGAGAGGACGCUGCGUGAAAUGAAGAAGCUACCCGACACAAACAGCAGCAGCAAAAAAAGCAGCGUGGCGGCUCACUCCUUCCUUUUCGCUCGUAGUAUAUCACUAUAGUUAAUACUAAUCCGGAAAUUCGGACUUGGUAGGUAUUGUUUGGUUCCUCCUCUGGACUGUGCGCUGAGCCUCAGAGGAAAAUGCCAACUCACUCUUUACUGCCGUUUGUGGACAGCCCAGAUGGCCUUCUCCAAGAUAUCCUGAUUAGUAACAAUGCAGGAAUCCCAGGGCCUAGUUGCAGCAUGAAACCACAGAGCGCUUGCACUGCGAAGGCCGUGUUACAGUCAGAGGACAGUGUGCAGCUAUCCUGCAUGUUUUGCGAUCAGGUUUUUACGCAUCAGGAUGAGCUCGGCCCGCAUGUGCUCACACAUCACCCCACUACGUUCUACGAACCCACGGUGCUGCGGGUCGAUGCCGAGUUCAGGGUCCCCGGGGAGAGAUCCCGGCCCAAACCCAGCGUCCUGCCCACGCAGGAGGAGGCGGCAGCUCCCAGCUGCAUCGUUUGCGGUCAGGUGGCGCAGGAUGCUAGCGAACUGGAGACCCACAUGAGGAAGCACAAGGACUACUUUACGUACUGUUGCAACGUUUGUGGACGGCGAUUCAGAGAGUCAUGGUUUUUGAAAAAUCACAUGAAGAUGCAUGUGAAACCGGGACCAAAGAGCAGGGCUGUUCUGGACCAGGAGGCCCCAUUCACCAUUAAUGGCAUCACCCAGGAGCCGUCCUUGGAGCCCAUCCUGUCUGUUUACAAAAUGUGCAUGGUUUGUGGGUUUUUCUUCCCUGAUCAUGACAGUUUGGCGGAACAUAGUAAGGUUCACAAUCGAGAGGCGGAGCUAGGUAAAGAUGAAGGCAAGGAGACGAUUGAUGGUGCUACUGAGUCCCACAAACGGGAAGCUUUUUUACAUAGUCUCAACCUGCAGCCUGCCUCUGAAAAUAAAAGUUUAAACAAUGCAAGAUCAUCUAAGUGGAUUCCCCAGCUCGAUCCCUUUACUACAUAUCAGGCCUGGCAGCUUGCGACAAAGGGCAAGAUAGCAGUUGGUCCUAAUAAUACUAAAGAUAUCGGUCAGGAACUCAGCACAGACAACGAAGACUGUGGCUCUGAUAAAGAAGAGAUGAGUGUUAUAUGGUCAGAAGGUCAAGGAGACAAAACUGUGAAAGAACUCCGGUCUCUGCCGCAGUCUGCUACUGAAACCUCCAACCCACCGCGGAGGUCACUCAUGCAAAAACAUAAGGACAAAGAGAGGCCAACCACUUGUGAGGAGUGUCACAAAACAUUCAGGACCUAUCACCAGUUGGUUCUCCACUCCAGGGUCCACAAGCGUGAGAGAGGUGGCGAAGAUAGUCCAACUUCUUCUGCUGAUGUGAAAACGCCAAGAACUGUCUCACAGGACCCGGCAGAGGAGGCACAUGAGGAGGCUUUGGAGGAAAACUUGAUUUCAGGAGAAGAUGGUCUUGAUAGAUCAAAAUACAGGUCCAAAGAAUGCAGCUACUGUGGCAAAUCAUUCCGAUCGAGUUAUUACCUCACAGUUCACAUGAGAACUCACACAGGUGAGAAACCCUAUAAAUGCGUUUAUUGCAACUACGCAGCCGCUCAGAAGACUUCACUAAAAUACCACUAUCAUCGUCGCCACAAAGACAAACCAUAUACGGAAAACUCCAGCAGAUCUGGACCUCUACUACCUUCUCCUGAUGGUAGCCCUGCCACAAGCAGACCUAAACUCUGGGAUUCAAAAGCAAAUGGAACACCUAAGGUUAGAUUUGAUGGCUUGGACAUAAAACCAGAUAAGCAUAUUGUGCAACUAAACACAGAAGGCAAUGAUGUACAAGUAGAGCAACCACUAGCGGUUAACCUGAAAAAGGAGGAAAGGAACGAGAACUCUGAGGGUCCAUUAAAUCUGUCCUUGAAAGUGUCUGUUUCUAUAGCUGCCGAAGCCAGAUGUGCAUUGACACCAAAUUCAUGCUCACUUUGCACAUAUAAAACCCUUUACCCUGAGGUUCUGGUAAUGCACAAAAGGUUGAUGCAUAAAGACAAAUCAGAUAACACCAAAAAGAACGAAUAUGGAUGUAGUGUGAAACGAAGACGUUAUACAGGUUGCCCCCCUGCUCUGGAGGGGAAAGACGUUACUCCUCUCCAGAUGACUGACAGACGCCAUCCUCGCCGGACCAAAUCCCCACUUCCACAACCCUCAAAGCCUCCAGAAAGUCUCCCAGUAAACCAGCCUCACGGCCCAAAGUGCUCACCGGUCUCUGCACCAGGCCGAGACAUCAAACCGGGGUUUCAACCUUACCGACAAAACGUUGAGUCCCAUCCCAACCAGGAAUCCUCCAAGUACACAGAGGUUAUGAGAAAAACCAACGCAGGCAGUAAGUAUGUAGCGGACAGGUCAGCUUCACUGGACAGAGUGGGAGUAAGCGAGAGGAGCUACCCAUCAAGGAGCGGCGCCCUUUGGCACUCGGAUGCUGCUCGCCUGUGUCUGUCGAGCAGAUUUGGGAGCCUCCCUCAAGUGGAUUUUGGUGACCCGUCUGGCAAGAGAUUGAAGCUUUCUGUACCAACAAACAGAGCGACUGAGACUGGCGAGAAAGCAUCUUUUAGACCACCGCCACUAGACGGACCCAGCAGGUUGCUUUUUCCAGGAAGAAACACAUUGCAGGGGCCAGGCCCAUCCUCGUCUUCAGAGGCCCUGUGUCCAAUAAAAACCGGGUCUGCACCUCUGGGGGGAAGUUUGGAGUCGGAGUGGAACAUGAUGAACUUUCUGCACUACACACCAAAUGAUCUGGCAUCUCUCUACCACAGCACACCAACAAACCCCAGUCACGGAGGACUGUCCAACCCCAGAGUUGGGGCCAGAACUCUACUGUACCAACCCUUACCGAGCCUGCCCAGCCUUCCGAGGAGAGACCCCUCAACCUCUUACCCACACCAAUGCUACGGGACCACUGACAAGAACUCCUAAAAUAAAAAGCACCAAGUCUCCGAUAGGUUUCCUGUAGAAUUGUCUAGAAUCUUCCUAUCAACUCUGCGCAGCUUUCCUGACCCUGCGGAUGAACAGCAUCCCCACAGCAUGAUACUGCCACCACCACAUAUCGCUCUGGGCAUGAUGUGAGGAUAUUGGUCACUGUGCUGACAUUAAAUUACACAGAAGAAGGAAGUUAAAAUGAA